AUGGGCAUCUACGUCACACCAAGGUCCAGCCCACUAUUAAUGCCGCCUCACUGAAGUCCCCGUCUCCAAUAGAGCAAGUACACCGCCACCACUCAUAUAAUUUUUUAGCACAGUCCACACUGGAACCACAAGCAACCCACAAAAGGCUGUCACUACUCCCGAGUCCGAACACACUACGGGACAAGGAUUCGGGAGGAGAUCAAUUUCAAUUGGGAGUCGCCGCAAACCGGAGCCGAAUCCUCGCACCUGGAGGGGGGAUAACCAGCCUAUCGCUCCGCGCACGUCGCCCAGCCUCCUUCUCACCCAUGCCGGAGUGACUCGCAGUGCUAUGACCGGGAAAGUGGCGGAGAAGCUCCCUCUUACCAUGAGCAGUUUAAUAAACAGCAUCCCCGACAGCCUGUACCCAGAAGAGGACGUUCCCACCUCGAUGAACAUUUUCACCAGCACGGAAUCUAUUAACCACUACUCGCAGAUGAACACGGAUAAUAUCAUGGAUAUAGGCAUGGGAAGCGAGAAAGCCGGUGCGGAGAUUCAGUACGGGUCAAGUUUCCAGUCCAACCGGAGCGGACAGACGGUCACGUACCUGGGAAAGUUCGCAUUCGACACGCCGCCCUCGGGUGGCAUCGGCGGCUCCGGCUGGUGUUCCGACAACAACAUCAUCAGCCUGGUCAGCGCGGGGAUCCUGGGCGUCUCUCCGUCGCCCGGCACGGUAAGCGCCCAGACGCCAUCCUCUGCGGCCGGUAUGGGAGGACAAAACUCAGACAUGGAGCAGGUGUACGGCCCGCCGCUACCCGCUUACUCCACCUGCGGCGACCUGUACCAGGACCAGGUGUCCUUCCACCACAGUCCCGCCACCAGCACUGCUCUAGCUUACCCCGCGAACGACUACCACUCCACGUCGAAAGCCUCCAUGGAUGGCAGCCUUUUCUCCAUGAUCCCCGAUUACAACCUCUUCCAUCACCAAGGGGAAGUCAGCGUGAUGGAGCACAAGCCGUUUCAGACUAUGGACCCCAUCCGGGUCAACCCGCCGCCCAUCACGCCCCUGGAAACAAUUCGAGCGUUUAAGGACAAACAGCAGAUUCACCCGGGGUUCAUCGGCGGGCAGCAGCACGCUCCGCCCCACCACGCUCCCCCGCAGACUCUGACACUGAAACCCAUCCGACCGCGAAAGUACCCCAACCGCCCUAGUAAAACGCCCGUCCACGAACGUCCACACGCGUGCCCGGCGGAGAACUGCGACCGGCGCUUCUCGCGCUCGGACGAGCUGACACGGCACUUGCGCAUCCACACGGGCCACAAGCCCUUCCAGUGCAGAAUAUGCAUGCGCUCCUUCAGCCGCAGCGACCACCUCACCACGCACAUCCGCACGCACACCGGCGAGAAGCCCUUUUCCUGCGAGUUCUGCGGGCGCAAGUUCGCCCGCAGCGACGAGAGAAAGAGACACGCGAAAGUUCACCUGAAACAGAAGGACAAGAAACCGUCGGACAAAGGAAACGGUGGGGUCGGAACCCACGGUUCUCCACCCAAUUCCUGCGGGGGGCCCACCAUGGGGCCCUCGUGACCGAAGUCCGCCCCGGACUUCGACUCGGGACAAUGGGGCCGCGUCUGUAACCAGAAAAUCAACAGGUGACUCUUCCGUCUGUUUUCGAGAUGGAUGCCGCCGCUCGAAACAAGAAGCUGCCGUGCCGACGGAAGAGAAUCUAUCACAUUCCGUCCAAAAGGCCGCCGCCACUUUUGUACAUUUCUUAACUGAGAGCAAGCCAGAAUCUAUCGAAACAGACAAAUUAAAUAAUGAGAGGAGCAGAGUGAAAGGGUGAGUCGUCUGGGAUGUAUGCAUUUAUUUUACUAGGCUGUUAAAAAGUGCAAUUGGUUGUGUUUGCGUACUGUCAUGGACACCUUAUUAGUGGCACUCGUCUAUUUUUUGUUACAGUGUGUUGUUUUUUUCCUUCUUUUUUUAUAUUUGAAUGUUGUUUUCGCCAAUGAAUGUGCCAAAUGUAUUGUGGUAACUCAGCCAACCUUGUUGUUCUUAUUAUUGUGCCUGAUAUUUGCCAAACAUAACAAGAGUGAGCUCAAAGAAAAGGCCAGAUUCUAAACUGUUUGACUAAAUCUAAAUAUCCAUUGUUACAUGGCUGCAUGCCAAUAAUACUAUGUAAAGAAAAUCAGUUUUAACUCAUUAGCUGCCGUUGACAGGCAUAGACGUCCAAUCCAGUUGAACAAGGACCCUCCAGGUUCAAACGGAUUGGCCGUCUACUAGUGACAAACUCGUUUAAAUUCACAGCAGAACAAUGAAAAGAGCCACAUGAGUGGACCCCUAUCAUCAAUGGCACUGAAAGAAUGAAAAAGUCUCUUGCUUUUGUACCGUAUUCAAAGUUAUGCACUCAAUUGUGCACGUCACGAUGCACAAUAUGUAAAUACAAAAAUAUCUGCAUCAAUUAAACGAGAACCUUUGGACCGAAUGCUUGUGGAGGAUAUGUUUAAAGCAUUAAAACUCUAUGAAAUAAGAUUUGAUUGGAGCAUUUUCAACAUCCCGAAAGUGCUAAACUCUCUUGAACUGCUGCAUAAAGCCAACAUUUUUUUCUGAAGUGGUUUUAUCUUGACCAUUGUGCUGAAAGGAGGUGAAAACACACAUCACGUCUUCUUAAAAAUGCGUUUUAACCGCUCGACAAUAAUCUCAGAUGCUGCAGUUCCUUCCAAAAGCUGACCUUUGUCUUCAACUUAUGUUACAAAACUAAAUCGGCGUACUCCGAACUUAUCUUCGAUACAAGAGAUAUGAACUUAUUUCAUUACUCUCAAUGUGCAUUUUGGGACUAAUAACUACAUUCAUGUGGCAAGACUGUUUCUCAUUUGAUUUUAUUAGUAUCCUUACUUCCAGAACUUUAUUGAUGAUAUAAUUAUGUUAUCAAGAACCAUCAAGUUUGACUGGUGGAGAUCCCCCCCUGUCCCCCAAGGAUUUGGUUGUGCUUGAGUUGUUAAAUGACAGUAUGUGAUGAAAAAUGAAUAGUGGACAAGCGCAAAGGCUGAAAGGAGUGUUCUAACAGAGAACACGUUGUAGUAGAAGCGUCACUCUCUGCUGGAACAACCAGUUUUCGCUGCUGAGCUUCCUGGCGAGUGUCCACUGACUUUCCAAUUAUUUUGGCCUCACAGGGUCUUUUCUCAACUCAUCUACAUGGAUAAAUGAACAAGCAUCCAGAGAAUUGAGAGCAAACUAUACAUAAAAUAGAAAAAAUAUAAAAAAUGGCGCACUUUAAAACUUUUUUUUUGUGUGUGUUUGUUUUAAAUCGCAUCUGAUUGCUUGUGAGAUUUCCUGGAAAAAAACGUCAUGUAGCAGCUAUUUCCAUGCAGUAAAGCACAAAGCAAUAUAGUCUAUAAUGUGGUUGGAUAGAGGAAUUAUUUAUGUUAAAUGUAAUAUCAAUGUUGAAAAGUGUAACAUUAGCCCGUGAUUAUGAAGCAGGGGUGGGGAAGAUUUUUUUUUUUUUUCCGUUUCAACUAAAUUCAUGAGACUAUUUACAAUGAUAUAAGGCGGAAAACAUUCAGGUGACUUGAAGUUCCACUCUGAGAUGACCAUUUGGCCAAAUUUCAAAAUUGUCCUAUAUGCAUGUGUGACACAUCAUUGGAAAGCUUAAAAUCUCAAUUUUCUGGGGGACGAAAUAUUUUCAACAGGAGGGCAUUAAAAAAAAAAAAAAAAAUUAAACAGCGAAACCCUAACUGGAAGUGAGAUCAUGAAAGAGCAUAAUUAAAGACGCCAUGAUUUUAUCGAGAUAUUUUCACGUACUUACCUUGUUUCGAUCCAAAAACUCCGUGUAGCAUGUCUCACCUAGUGUCAAUACAGCUGUGAAUAGCCACAGCCGGACUUUGGAGGGAUUUUAUGGGUGAAACACGGUAAUAUAACAAGGGUCGCAACGCGAAAGUCACAGACAAAAAGGAGUGGUCGAGAUUUUCUUUUUCAAAUAUUGACCCUUUUAAAGAUUUUUUUUUCCAAUUUUUCUUGGUUUGGAUCGAUUAUCAUCUACAAUAUCGGGGAAAAUGCGACAGUAACAAAAAAAUACAAUUAAGUGAUAGUUAUGAGGUAGAUAUCCGUGAACUAUUUACAGACACUUUUUUCAUUGUGACGUAAAAUGUUUAAAAAUUUAAAAUGUACAAGUGAAUAAUUUUAUAAUGUCGUUUUUUUUUUUAACUAAAUUUUAGACAUCAAUUAAUGAUUCUAAGCUAAAAAUGAUAGAAAAUUUCGAAUAAUAAAUGUAAUUCUUUUUAUGGCUGGGUGGAAACAAAAGCGGUUGCGCGGUGUCUGUAAACGGGGGUCUCCAGGGUAAAACGGACAAUUUAAAAAUAGUUUGGGGGCUUAAUGCGCUAUGAAACUGCUAUGGCAGCAUAUAGACAUAUUGUUCUGUCAAACACAACAGUUCUUUUGGCUUAAAAUACAGCACUUUAUUUUAUAGAGGGGUGCAACUGCUUUUUCAGCCAUGUCUAUGUUUUCCGCCAUAAGCAUUUUCGGAUUAAAUGUUUUGAAACUUUUGAAGUCAUUCACUGCCAUUGACAGUGAUAGCCGUCAAAUCCAUUUAAACUGAGAUGUCUGAAAUGAAUAAAAACAGGUCUCGCACUCUGUUUAUGUCCCCCACUAACACUCAAAAUAUGUUUUUUUAGUCAAUUCAAUCAUAUUUAAGUCACUGCAAAUCAUUUUUACAAUAUUUAAGUCAUUGCCUGCCAUUGAUAAUGAUAGACGUCCAAUUAAUUUCAACUAGCGAUCAAAUGACCGUGAUAGACUGGUGUGACUGCAUCUACGCGAAGAACCCCACAGAGUUCCAGCUCAUUUGGUCGAGAUGAAGUAAAAUCAUUUCGGCAUCUUGUGUCACUCUUGGAUUUAGUAAUAUUAACACAUGAAUAUUUUUCCAGCAUUAACUUAUAGGCUGCCAUUGAUGGCAAUGGGCGUGCAGUCCAUUUUGACUUGGAUGGUUGCCAGCGAGUUACUGUCAGUCCCAGUCAAAAUGGAUUGGACGUCUAGCACCAUCAAUUAAAGCUAAUAGGUUAAUUUAUGAAAUGAUGUUAAACAGUAACAAAAGUAGGAAGAUUUUUUUUUUCUUUUUCUAGAUAGAUAGAUAGCUUUGAUUAAAAGACUCGAGGUCCAGAUUGCAACCACACAAGGAAAAGAUUAAAAAAAAUAAUAAAUAAUAAUAAAAAGCGAACUAUCGUAUUUUUCGGACUACAAGCCGCUACUUUUUUCUCACCGUUUCUACCCUACGGCUUUUAUAAGGAAGCAUCUUAUUCAUGGAUUUUUUUUUUUUUUUUUGACAAAUGAGCUUCAUAUUUUCUUCUGAAAAAUAUUGGAUGAUUAGACAUUUAUCAAAAUUUUGCCAUGACAUAGCUUUCAGCCUCUAUACUAGUACCAAUAAAGCUUGCCAGAAACUCGUCAGACUUACUCAAAAACACAGAAUUGUAUAUAUGGCUCCUUCUGACACUAUAUGCAGCUACAAAAGAACAAUUAUGAAUGGAUGGGCAUCCACUAUUUGCAACGACAAGAGAACGCAAUGCUAGCAUUGAUUAGCCGUUUUCAACGGGCGUUAGGCGGACUUUAUUGCCCCAGUAUGCUAAAACAAAGUUGCUAUAUAAGAGCUAAUGCUAGAUGUUAACUGCUUAUAAGAGGAUUUCAUCCACUUCAAGUUUAAAAGGCAAAUUACAGUGGAUUAUGUAUCUUUUCAAAUGUAGUGAACCGUUUUUUUUUUUUUUUAGUUUAGUUUAGUUUUUAAGCUUUCAGACAACAAUGGUGAUGUUGAUGCAUGUUUUUCUGGUUUAUAAAUAUAUUUUUGAUCAAUCAAAUAUUUCUGUGUAACAUCAACGUAAAUAUCCAAUGUUAAGAUAUGGACACCUGUGGCUUACAGUCAAAUACGACAUAUAUGUUGAUGUAUUUCUAAGAUUUUGUGUAAUCUGGCCGUUGCGGUUUUCAUCAGGUGCGCUUUAUAGUCUAGAGAUUACAAUAUAGUGGUACAGCACUGGAUCUCCUAUUCACCCACUUUUAAAAAGCACCUAUACCAGUGCUUCCAGAACCGUGACAAGAACUGCAAAAUGUUGGUCAGGCCCAAGACUAUCACAUGUUUAGGGCUAUUCAAACGACCAAUAAAAUUAAACAUCAACAUCCUUAAAACACACUGGAGAGUAUUCACCCGAGCAGCUACAAACAUGUCCGAGGCGCUGCUUUUUAUUAGAAUAUGCCAGAAUUACUUUCUGGUCAAUGUAAAAACAGUUCAUGUUUUUUCAGUGGCAGUCAAUGAAUUAAUAAUUUGUUUUCGAGUUUGCAAUGUCUAAAUCAGGGGUGAUCGUGGUGAGCGUAGUAGACAUCAAAUAGUCCACAAAAAAAAAAAAAAAAAAAAAAAAAAAAAAAAAAAAAUCAAUUAUUCAAAAAAGUACAAGUGAUCCAAUCUUCUAAAUCACAGAUGUCAAACUCAAGGCCUCGGGGGCUGAUUGGGCCCACCACGUUAUUUUGUGUGUCCCAUGAAAGUAAAUGAUGCGCACUGACUUUGUUUUCUUGCUAAAAUAACAUUUCAAAAUUUAAAGAAAAUUAAUGAAUGGUGGAAAAUGAGAAAAUAUUUACACAUGUUCUUCCUUUAAAAAAACCCAAAACAAAGUAAAACAUUUUUCUUGAAUUCAAAAUAAAAUCUUUGGUUUUAAGAGGCACAAAAAUAAGGAUUUGAACAAUUUUUAGGUCUCUACACAUUUCAUCUUUGGCUAACAAAGUCACUUUGGCUAACACUGACAAACUGACAUUAGCCUGAGCUAUGCUAGCUUGUUCUAUAGUGAUUGAUUUAUUUAAAAAGGACACCAAAAACAGGUUCGCAUAAACACUUAACUCAUUCACUGCCAUUAACAGCAAUAGACGUCCAAUAACAGACAUUCUAGCUCAAAAGGAUUUAAAGUCUAUUACUGAUAACAGCCAUAAAUGAGCAGUGUUGUUAAUCUUACUGAAAAAAAGUAAUU